AUGCAUCAAAAGCACCGUGAAACUUGGAGAAGAGAAUUAAACAAGAAAAAUAGGAUGUUAGGAAAAGUAUAUAUUGAGUUUAGAAAAGUUAAUAAUAAGUAUGUUCAAAAAGAAUCAAAACCUCAGAGGGCUAUGGGCCCUAAGUGCAGUUCGUCAUUUUGUGCUCGUAGUAAAGUUCUAUUUUGUUCCAAUUUGACUGAGGACAUUCAACAACAGAUUAUUGAACGUUUCUGGAGCAUGGCGUGGAAAGAGAAUAAAAUGUAUGUACGGUCGAUGGUUGACACAGAAAGUGUAAAAAGGAAGACGAUAGGAAGUAAAUCUAGACGGUCGGAAACAAGAUUAUAUUACCUGCAAAUACACGGUAAGAAGGAAAGAGUUUGCUUGAAAACAUUUCUGGCGACACUAGAUAUAAAGGAGUGGACUGUUCGCUACUGGCUUCGUGGAAGAGCAGAUGAUAAUUCUGUUCACACUAUUUUGUCUCCAAGUUCGCCUACUUCUAAA